UUCUGUUUCGAAUCGUCUCUCUGGACAAAGACUUCUACCCACUGGAUGAGAAGUUUCCAUUUGUCUAUGUUCAGGAUCCCCAGAGGAACCGUGUGUACCAGUGGCAAGGAGUGGAACUAGAGACUGGCCUUAUACAGCUCUCCUUCCCCCUCACCUCUGAGCCCAUCCAAGGCUCCUACAAAAUAGUUGUGCAGAAGAGUACCAUGUCCCAUGUGGAGCACUCAUUCAGUGUGGAGGAAUAUGUGCUGCCCAAGUAUGAGGUCCUGGUGAAGCUGCCCAAGAUGAUCACUAUUAAGGACAUGGAGCUUCCAGUGUCCGUCUGCGGUCUUUACACCUAUGAGAAACCUGUUCUUGGUUUGGUGACUGUCCAAGUGUGCCGGAAAUUUUCCCAUUCUGCUUCAAAUUGUUACGGAAAAGAAGCAGAAGCUGUGUGUGAAGAAUUCACUAGACAGGCAGACGCUCAUGGGUGUGUUUCUGGUGUAGUAAGGACCAAGAUAUUUCAGCUCCAGCGCAGGGGAUAUGAGAUGAGCAUUGAGGUACAAGGCAAGAUGACAGAAGAUGGCACAGGAACAGAGAUGACUGGAACAGGCUCCUGUGGAAUCACAUCCCUCAUGAGCAAAAUCAGCUUUGACCUGCUGGACUCUCAGUACAGACCAGGGAUACCACUCUUUGGGAGGGUGAAGCUGGUAGAUGGCACUGAUGCUCCAAUUGCCAAUGAAACCAUCACGAUUUCUGUGGAUGGAGACAGAUACAAAGGGAAUUACACUACAGAUGAGCAAGGUCAAUCUUGGUUUUCCAUAGACACUACUACCUUCACACAAGCCUCCCUGGAAAUCCGAGCUGAUCAUAAAUCUGAACUGAAUUGUUAUGACAGCGACUGGAUCACACCUUCAUAUGAGCCUGCCAUCCGUAGAAUAAGUCGGUUUUACUCCCCCAGUAAGAGCUUCCUCAAAAUUGAGCCGAAGCCUGAGACAUUAGGUUGUGGCUUCCCCACCGAGAUCCAGGUGCACUAUAUCUUCACGCCAGAGGCCAUAGGAGACCAAAAGAAAAUUGUCAUUUACUAUUUGGUGAUGGCCAAGGGAGGCAUUAUAUUAGCAGACACCUAUGAUCUGACUGUGAAUCCUGGAGAUGCUUAUGGGACAUUUCAGUUGACCUUCCCUGUUGAGGCAGCAAUUGCUCCCCUAGCACGGAUGCUUGUGUAUGCCACUUCACCCAGUGGGGAAGUCAUCGCCAGUUCAUCAGAUUUCCAGGUUGAAAGUUGCCUCCCCAAUAAAGUCAGAUUGAGUUUUGUACCCAAGGAAGGUCUUCCUGCCUCCAGCACACGCCUUCAACUCCGUACCUCACCAAGGUCCCUGUGUGCCCUCCGUGCUGUAGACAAGAGCAUUCUCCUCAUGAAGCCUGAAGAUGAGCUCUCUCCCAGCUGUGUGUAUGAUCUUCUCCCACUGAAGGAAAUCCGGGGUUAUAGCUUCAAGGAUUACUACCUGGAAGAAGACAAUGUAAACCCUUGUGUGUCACUUGACAACAUAUUAUUAAAUGGAUUUGUCUACAUACCCAUUUCUCCUGAUGGUGAAGGUGAUGCCUAUGACAUUCUCAAAGAAUUGGGCUUAAAAGUCUUCACUAGCAGCAAGAUCCAUAAGCCUGAAAUCUGCCAGCAUUAUCCAGGACACAUGAUGGAAAGGAGUUACAAAAUUUGCUCUCAGUCACAUUCAGACUAUGAAAUAAUGGAACAGAAUCCUGUGGAGACCAUCCGGAAGUACUUCCCUGAGACAUGGAUCUGGGACAUAGUUUCAGUGAACUCUGAUGGAAAUGCCGAUCUAGAUGUGACCAUCCCUGACACCAUCACUGAGUGGAAAGCCAAUGCAUUCUGCACUUCGGCAGACAAGGGCUUUGGCCUGUCCCCGACAGUGUCCCUCAGAGCCUUCCAGCCCUUCUUUGUAGAGCUCACCAUGCCCUACUCUGUAGUGCGUGGUGAGACCUUCACACUAAAAGCCACUGUUUUCAACUACCUGACUGCCUGCAUCAGGGUCGGUGUGUCUCUGGCUGAAUCUACUCUUUUCCUGGCUAUACCAGCAGAGGAACAGGAAGAAUCCUAUUGCAUCUGCAUGAAUGAAAAGAAGACUGUGGCUUGGGCAGUCACACCAAGAUCUCUAGGGCAGGUGGAGUUCUCGGUGAGCACUGAGGCCCUGCAGAACCAGCAGCCCUGUGGGAACGCCAUUGUGGAGACCCCUGAGAAGGGACGGAAGGACACAGUCAUCAGACAGCUGCUGGUGGAGCUGGAAGGAACUGAGGAGGAAACUACAUACAACUCUGUGCUCUGUGCAUCUGAAAAGUCAUUGUCAGAGCUAGUCUCCCUGGUUCUCCCAGAGACUGUGGUGGAUGGCUCGGCCAGAGCAUAUUUCUCAGUGCUAGGUGACAUCAUGGGCACUGCCAUGCAGAACCUGCACCAGCUCCUCCAGAUGCCAUUUGGCUGUGGGGAGCAGAACAUGGUCCUGUUUGCACCCAACAUCUACGUCCUGGACUAUCUGAACAAGACAGGGCAGCUGAGUGAAGAGGUCAAAUCCAAGGCCAUCGGAUACUUAGUGAGCGGGUAUCAAAGGCAAUUGAACUACAAACACUGGGAUGGUUCUUAUAGCACCUUUGGGCCCCGUUAUGGGCAAGUUGGGAAUACCUGGCUCACGGCCUUUGUCCUCAAGUCCUUUGCCCAGGCCCAGACUCACAUCUUCAUAGAUGAGAAGCACAUCCAGGAUGCUUUGGUCUGGCUGACCCAAAAGCAGAAGGAGAACGGCUGUUUCCGCAGUUCUGGGACACUCCUGAACAAUGCUAUGAAGGGUGGCGUGAAUGACGAAAUCACACUGACAGCCUACAUCACUAUUGCAUUGCUGGAGAUUCCUCUGCCUGUAACC